AUGAAAAGGAGGCGCCCAUUGGGUAUUUCUAUUGAAGGUUCUCUGCCGGCUGAGCCUUCGGAGGCGGAGUGGGAGGUUGGUAUCACCAAUCUGUUCGGGGAGCCUCUGUCUGAGCUUCGGCGUAAAGGUUCAUUCACCGGCGGAUGCAUAACCGUUGCUGAAUUGAUGCGGCUGUGUCAUAGGUCGCAGGCCAUGGAUACCCAGAAGACAGCGUACUACAUGGCUGUCAUCGGCUCUACCUUGUUGGCGGAUAAGUCCAGAAUUGGCAUGCGACCUCACCCGAUACUUGCCGUGAACGACGAUCAGCAGGACGUGGCCUGGGGUGCGGUGACCUUGGCGUUCUUGUACAGGCAGCUCGGAAUGGCAUCUAGGGCUGGUUGCAAGACCAUUGCUGGAUGCCUCACAUUGCUCCAGACAUGGAUCUAUGAGUACUUUCCCGCUUUCCGCCCUCAUGCUCGCCGAGAAGAUGUGCCAAACAUGACUAGGGCGGAGAUGUGGACACCGAAAAAACCAUGUCGUGAGCUGGACAGGUUGAGGGACUGCCGCAAGGUUCUUGAUUCAAUGACGGAGACUCAGGUUGAAUGGACUCCCUACAAUUCUGCUGCUGGUGCGUUGCUGAAUGAUCACCCACGCACCACCGUAAUCGGGGGUAUCACGUGCUUUGAUGUUGUGGAGGUGUAUUUGCCGGAGCGGACAUUGCGACAGAUUGGGUUCGUGCAGGCUAUUCUUCCAGCUCCUAUUAGACCAGCCAAGGCUGUCCGACCGGCACACGGUUCCCCUAUAGUGCCCGCCUUGUUGAGCAGGGACUUUGUCGGGCUUCUGUUCCUUUAG